AAACAGUGUGACGUCAAACUAAAGCUUCCGGGCUGCUAGCGGUAGCCCGGUAAUUCAUAGAUUUUGCUUCUUUAAUACAAUUUUUUGUCAUGCUUGCUGUUGUUAUUUAUUGUCGAAAAAUCCAAUGUUUAUAGUUUAUGCGAAUAUUUUUUAUCGGAGCUGUUUCCACGAGGAUACAUAUAACGAAGACGGUCCCGGAGCGGCUCGGGCAUAGCGGUUGAGAAAAGAGGGUGCCUUGCUGCAUGAAGUACCCACCAGCUGGACUGGCAGCACUUCAGAAUACUUUGUACAGACCAGCUCAGUUUGUCAUUGGGCAGAAGGGAUCGACUUGUCUCCAGGACCGACUUCAUUACAAAAAUGAAGUUGAAGGAGGAUAUAAACCCCCUGCUCCUGCAGGUUUUCCGCUCUGUCGUCUGGGUCUAUUCUGUCAUAACCUUCCUACCCUGGUACUUCUUUUCCGGGGCUGGAACCAAUUUGGAGCGAGCACGUCGGAUUAAGGCCUGCUCUGUCAGCGGACACCCAGCGGGACCUUACAGGGCCAUCAAUAGCCGAGAAAAGCUGGUGGCAUUGGUGCAGCCAGGAGUCGACACACUGGACAAAAUGUUCGAGUUUGCAGCGAGGAGGUUUCCAAACAGGGACUGCCUGGGCACCAGGGAGGUGCUGAGUGAGGAGGAUGAACUCCAGCCAAAUGGAAAAGUCUUUAAAAAGGUGAUUCUGGGGAACUACAACUGGCUCACGUAUGAGGAAGCCUACAAUGCAGCAAAGUGCUUUGGUAGUGGUCUGGCAGCUCUUAAUCAGAAGCCUCACCAUAACAUCGCUAUUUUCUGUGAGACCAGAGCGGAGUGGGUCAUAGCAGCGCAGGCCUGCUUCAUGUACAAUUUCCCACUCGUGACACUGUAUGCCACACUCGGGCCCAAAGCCAUAGCUCAUGGGCUGAAUGAGACAGAGGUCACUCACAUCAUCACAAGCAAGGACUUACUUCAGAGCCGCCUUAAGGCCAUUUUGUGCGAUGUGCCGCGGCUCCAGUAUAUCAUCGUUGUGGACAUUAAACCCACAAGCUGGUCAGGCAUGCCCAGAGGCAUCACAGUCUACAACAUGGAGGGUGUGAAGGAGCUGGGAUCCAAGCCCGUUCACAUGGACCGUAGACAGCCAGAGUCCUCGGACAUCGCUGUCAUCAUGUACACCAGUGGUUCCACUGGCAUCCCCAAGGGUGUGAUGAUCUCCCAUGGCAACCUCAUCGCCGGCAUCGCAGGCAUGGCCGAGCGGAUCCCUAACCUCAAUGAGACUGACACCUACAUUGGCUACCUACCACUGGCCCACGUUUUAGAGCUCAGCGCAGAGCUGGUUUGCAUCUCCCAUGGAUGUCGCAUCGGAUAUUCCUCUCCUCAGACUCUCGCCGACCAGUCCUCCAAGAUCAAGAAGGGCAGUAAAGGGGAUACCAGCGUGCUAAAGCCGACUCUCAUGGCAUCUGUGCCAGAGAUCAUGGAUCGAAUUUACAAAAAUGUCAUGACCAAAGUGGACGAGAUGAGUAAGUUUCAGAAGACGCUCUUUGUGUUUGCUUAUAACUACAAGAUGGAGCAGAUCUCCAAGGGCUACAGUACGCCUCUCUGUGACAGAAUAGUUUUCAACAGAGUACGGUCUCUGUUGGGAGGAAACACUCGAGUGCUACUCUCUGGUGGAGCUCCACUCUCUGCGGCAACGCAGCGCUUCAUGAAUGUCUGCAUGUGCUGCCCGGUGGGACAAGGCUACGGCCUGACAGAGACAUGUGGCGCUGGCACCAUCAGUGAGAUGUGGGAUUACAGUACAGGACGGGUUGGCGCUCCACUGGUUUGCUCAGAGAUCACUCUGAAGGACUGGGAAGAGGGUGGCUAUCACAGCACUGACAAGCCCAACCCAAGGGGGGAAAUUUUGAUUGGAGGUCCAAAUGUAACAAUGGGUUACUACAAAAGUGAAGGCAGGAACCAUGAAGACUUCUUCGUGGAUGCGAAGGGCCAGAGAUGGUUCUGUACGGGAGACAUCGGAGAAUUCCAUCCUGAUGGAUGCCUGAAGAUUAUCGACCGUAAGAAAGACUUGGUGAAACUCCAGGCAGGCGAAUAUGUCUCUCUCGGAAAAGUAGAAGCGGUUUUGAAGAACUGCCCACUCAUAGACAAUAUCUGUGCCUACGCUAACAGUGAAGAGUCAUAUGUGAUCAGCUUUGUGGUUCCCAACCACAAACACCUCAUGGCAUUGGCGGAGCAGGUUCAAAUAAAGGGCACGUGGGAAGAGCUCUGCAACAAUCCCAAGAUGGAGAAGGAGGUUCUCCGCAUCAUUACUGAGGCGGCCGCCACAGGAAAACUGGAGAAGUUCGAGAUUCCCAAAAAAAUCCGCCUGAGUUCCGAGCCAUGGACACCGGAGACCGGCUUGGUCACCGACGCAUUCAAAUUGAAACGCAAGGAGCUCAAAACACAUUACCAAGAGGACAUUGAGAGGAUGUAUGGUGGGAAAUAAAAGAGUAGAUACACCCCAAAUGACCGCCUCAUGAGGAUUUACAUGGAUGACACUCGCAUAAAUACAGACACACGGACUUGUUCGCCUCCUCUUCAGCUUCUCUGUCACCAUCUUCGAUCAAACGAGGCAGAAAAGUCUGGAGUCAGGUUCGCAUUUUUAGGUCAAGAGCAAGAGGCCGAUCCCACCAGCCAGACCCGCUGCAACGCACCAACAAUUCCACUUUCCACCGAUCAAAAACCCAUCGAGUUGCCAUGGCGACCACAUGAAGUCAGACCUUUGCAUGACUCAAAGUAUAAAGAAUGUCAUGCUGGACGUUUGUACAUCCGUGUCUGUCUCGCUUCUCUUCUCCCCACCACGCGUUCUGGAACAUUCCACCUCUACGGCUCGGUUUGCUAACAUGCUGCGCAGAUAUCCGGCAGGGACGUGCGAUCCCUCUUAAGACUCUGAGGAACAUUCAGGUUGGGAUAUUUGCAGGGAUCAUUAUUGUCUUCAAUAUUGUUUUUUGUUGUUUUUUUUCUUUUGUGUGUUUUACAAUGUUUCUUCUAUGUUUGGUUUGUCUGCAUUGGAAUCCAUGUGUGCGGUGAAUAACUGUUGCGAAGCCAUGAGAGAUUUUACAUUAAGACAUUGGAAAAUACGUUUUCUUGUUACUUGUAUUAUUCAGAUGGGUUUACUGAUUUUAUAUGCUUAAGUUGUAUUUUCUACCUGUUCAUUCUCAUUGUGUGUUUUCAUUCCAUUCUUAAGGUCAUUUUUUCCUUUUUUUUUUUUUGUCAGGAGUCCCAAAGUUUUCUCAUUUGAGUGCAUGUUUACUCACUUGUCUCUUUUAUCCCUGCUCCCAAAUAUUGCAGCAUCAAUGGGGAAAGGUGUCCUUUGAGACAAUGCAUGGGUUGGGAUUUGCUCCAAAAUGACCUGCCUCAUCUGCCCUGAAUUCCUCCAGUCAUAAUUAAUGCACCAUAUGGAUAUACUCCAAGGGAACUUAGCUUAGUAGAAUGGUUUGAAGUAGAUUUAGUCUUUUUUUUUUUGGCUCAGUUGUAUGUUAAUCUUAUUAACCAUAGGUCUUACUGUUACUUCUCUCAGUUUUUAAAUGGAAUAAUGAAAUACAAAAAUGAAUGUGCAAUAUUUAUACUCAAUGUUAAAGUAUGUAAGAAGGAAGAAAAUGCACAGCCGACAGCUUUUUUUUUUUGCUUUUUUUUUUUUUGUGGUGUAUUCGACACUAAGCUUUGUUUAGGGUGAAGGCUUUGUAGAGGAUGGUAGAGAGACACUGAUAGGGGAGUUUAGAUGUAGCCUGUGCUGAAAAUAUUCAUUAAAACUGCAUGAUGGAAGAUGCACGACUGUACCAAAAAAAAAAAAAAUCGCACUCCAUUCAGGCCACUGAAGAAGAAAUGCUUUAUGAACACGCUCCAUGUUAGAGUAAAUAGGAAAAGCUCAAACUGAGAUUUCUGUAUAUUUAGACUGGCUUGUGUGUAUAAUAACUGUAUGUGUAAUGUACAUAAAAGGAUUCUGUAACCUGCCAUUUAUUUGAAUCCAUGUAAUAAAUAGCUCCAACAAUAGGCUGUCAGAUAGACGGUGAUGUUUAAUUAAUUACAUAUUACAAGUGACUUUCUUCCUUCAGUAUUAUGUGUUUAUAGACUGAAGAUGAGAAUGUUUUCUCAGUGCUGUAAUGUAAGGACACUUUUUCUGAAUGCAAUCUCUGCUUUCUGGUACUUAAAGCAUCCUACAUUAAUAAAGGUACAGUCAGGUAGCCUAGCUCCACCUCUUUUAGCUCGAAAAGGUUUAGAUCGUAAGAACCUCGCCCGUGUCUUCCCUUUUUUGUUUUUAUAUGAACAUAAAAUGCUCCUUCCUCUGCUCUCUGAUGUUUCAGUGAAGAGUCCCUUACUCUGCUGUUUGCUGAUUUUUUUUCUUUUUGCCCGGCUAGAGGUGGCUUGUUGCCUUCUGACAAAAAAAAAACAAAAAACAAACAUGAGAUAUCUUCAGGGGUUCUUUAGAAUGUGAAGCGCUCCAUGCUUAUUGUUGAUAUCGCACACACUCCUUAUACCUGCCCUCACCGGCGAGGCAGAGGGUGCAGAGACAAAAUCUAAUGUUUAUUUUUCACUUGCUUUGUAAAAAGGCUCAAGAGGGGCUCUGAUAUCUAAACUGCAUUAAAUACUACCAAUAACUGUACAGUCUGUAAAGCCUCCUGUAAAUGUAUUUAAUGAUUUCUGUCAUUGACCGGUUUUGAGGGUCUCCGUUUCCUCUUUGUUUUUGUGUGAUGAAGCUGAGCUACUGCAAGUGUAUCCUUUCUUAUUUAUUUGUGAUUUGGCCUUGGCAAUACUGUAAUGGAAAUAAAGAAGUUUGUAUUGUUGA